UUGCGUUUGAAUUCUAGGCGCCCCGGGAGCGGUUGGCGCUGAGGCGAUGGAGGCCAUGACGGCUGUGCCGGGUCCGGCCGCCAUGACGGGCCCCGAGCAGCUCCCCGCGGCCUGCGGCCGGCUGCUGGCCGACUUCCUGCGGCAGGUGGACGACACGGAGCUGCUGUGGCUGCGGGAGAUCCGCGAUGAGGCGGCGCGCAUGUUCGGCAGCCACUACAGCGACGAGCCGGAGCUGCUGCCCAAGACGCCGUCGCAGAAGAGCCGGCAGAGGAAGAAGAGGGGCUCGGCGCUGCAGGGGGAUGGCGGCAGGAGGAGAUUAUCUAGAAGGAGGACUAGCAGUCUCAAACUGGUACCCUCCAAGCGAUCUUCCCAGCGACUCCAAAAUAAAGAAAACAUGGAACCGCUGAGCACUGAGGUAAAAGAAGCCUCAAGCUUCUCUUCAGCUCAAACUGUCUCCCAGCAGCUGACGAGUUCUAAGGCUGCAGCACCUGCUACGUACUCAGAGUUACUUCCUGACCGUCUGGGCGAAGGGAUGAUUCCCUUAGUAGAAACUGGCCGCAGCGAUCACAACAGCGCUGAGCUACACAUCCAGAAGAGCGCCUCUAAACCAGCAGAGAAGCCCUCUGCAAGCAUCCUGUUGAGCUCCGAUGCUGAGCAUCCGGAGGAGAGCAGUGUUCCCCAACCACAGCCUGUGCCAGCAGCACCUGAGCUGCUGGUCCCUCCCACCCCUGAGGCAAAAGAUGCAGGAGAAAGCGAGACUGUGUCUAAGGGGGAGACAGCACAAGCAGCUGAUACUACGAUCAUUUUAAGUGAAGAGCCCAGGCUGGAGGAGAUGGAUGUCUCUGCUCACGUGCAGGAGCAUAACGAAGGGGCUGACAAAGAACCUUCCCAGCGUGUGAGGGACAGCCCAGGGACUCCUACGGGCUCUCGGCAGAGCCGGCGCUCUGUGCGCAGAAGCCUGCUGGGUAAAACUUCCAUGAUUUCCAGAACUUCGCUGGCAGAGAAAUACUCACGAGCCCGGAAGAGGGAAAGUCUGAUUCGAAAAUCCAUUGCUAGGACAGUGGUCAAGAGCAGGGCACCUCAGAAGUUGUCCGUGUCCUCCAAUGGCAUGAACGGCUCCAGCUCUGAAGAGGUACCAGAGGAUGAAGAAACAAUUGUCAAAACUGGACCUCCUCCUGGACCUUGUACCCCCACAAAGUUGGAUUUCGAAGGUCCCCGAAUGUCACUUCGCUCUCGGACUGUCAACGGAAAUGAACAGCCGCAGGAGAUCAACAACAACGAAAGCAACAUAAAUAAGAAUGGGGAGACCCUGGAACCACCCCAAAGUGCCAGGAGAAAACCAAGUUACAAAAGAGCUGUGGAUCAACGCUAUGACAAUCAGCAAGCAGAAGAUGGAGGGCUUUCUCCUCCCAGAAGAAAGACCCCAUCCCCUACCUGUCCAGCCAGCAAAGUUGUACGUCCUUUCAAAACGUUUUUGCACACUGUGCAGAAGAACCAGCUCCUAAUGACCCCAAGUUCUGUGGGGAGAAAUGGAGUAAUAAAAUCUUUCAUCAGGCACAACGUUCCUCUCCAAACUGAUCCCAAGGAAAAGGAGAGACAGAAGCUAGAGACUCUGAGGAAAAAGCAAGAGGCUGAACAGCUGAGAAAACAAAAAGUGGAGGAAGAAAGGAAACGGCGACUAGAGGAGGCAAAGCUGAAGCGUGAAGAGCGCCUCCGUAAAGUGCUGCAAGCUCGGGAACGGGCAGAGCAAAUGGAGGAAGAGAGGAAAAGGCGCAUUGAGCAGAAGCUAGCUCUACUUGAUGAGAAGACUGAGAAGGUGCGGGAAGAAAGGCUGGCAGAAGAGAAGAUCAAAAAGAAAGCAGCUGCCAAGAAAAUGGAAGAAGCAGAGGCCCGGCGCAGGCAGGAUGAAGAGGCCAGAAAACAAAAAGCACUGCUGCAGGAGGAGGAGGAACGUCGGCACAAAGAGCUAAUGCAGAAGAAGAAGGAAGAGGAGCAGGAACGUGCCAGGAAGAUCGCUGAGCAGAGGCAGGCAGAACAGGAGAGAGAGAAACAGCUGGCUGCUGAGAGAGAGCUGGAGAAGAGGAAGGAACAGGAGAGGAUCCAAGCAGAAAAGCAACGUGAACAGCAAGAGAAGGCAGCUCGCCUCCAGAAGGAAGUACUGGCUGCUAAAGAACAGCUCCAGAAGGAGGUGGAGAAGAAGAAACAGGAGGAGCGGUUGCUAGCAGAGAUGAAGAGGCAGGAGCAAGAACAGAAGAAACUACCAGAGGAACAAAAGGCUAAAGAUGUAGCCCAAACACAGCACCCAGAAAAAAAAGAGAAUUCACCUGUCUGCAAUUCAUACCAGAUGACUCCACAGUUCCAGAAAGAUCCAAAGCCCCCUAAGAUAAAUCCCAAUAAUUAUGGAAUGGAUCUGAACAGUGAUGACUCUACUGAUGAUGAAAGCCAACCUCGCAAGCCCAUCCCUGCCUGGGCCAGUGGGAAUCAGCUUAGCCAAGCAGUAAUCCGGCAGUACUACAACCCUCCCAACGUCGAUGCGCUCUUUGGGAGAAUCGUAAGCCCCAAGUUGGAGGACAUCUUUUACAAAAGCAAACCACGCUACUUCAAGCGAACGAGCUCGGCUGUGUGGAAUUCCCCUCCCUUUACAGGUCCCAAAUCGGUUCUCGGUCUGUCAUAUAGCCUGAAAAAGUACUGAGCUUUAAGUUGGCAAAGAUUUAGACCUAUAAGUCACGAGAAACAUCAUCUAAAGCAACGUGAGCCUCCUCUUUUCUGGUGAGCACGCCACAGUAUACAACCACUAUGCUGUGCAUAGUGAACAAAGGUUGUAUGUCAGGAUGACCUCUGCACGCAUCUUGAGAAAAGUCCAAAUACGCACUACUGAUGUUCUCAAGAAUAAAGCUACUAACAGGUUUGCCUGCAAAUUGCAAAAUAAUUUGGGUGUUUUGGUUUUCAGUAGCAUGCUUUAAUCCAACACAAAGUGCACUUACGUGCAUAAGCGAUAUUGAUGGUGAUGUUACCGCAGCUGGGAUGGAAACAUCCUGAGGACUUUAUUGACCUUUUUUCAGUUGUUGGACAUAGAUGUGACCCUAGUGUUAAUCACGUCUCUAGGAAUACCCAGAGCAGCAUAAGCAGGCUUUAUAGUUCUAGGCUUCCUUUAGGUAAAUUAUACAAAGGUUCUGAUAUAAUUUCAUUUGUCUAAUUUAAUUGCCAUGUUUGUGGCAGAGACUGGAUUGAAAAGAUGACUUUUUGCUUUAAUCCUUGUCUUGCUCCUUUCUCCCUUUGGUUAUUUCAUUUACUUAGCAUCAAAGAUGGUUUUAUUUUUAGGCUAUUGUUUUACACUUCAUGUUCAGUAACGGGGUCAACAGGACUUACUAAAACAAUUUCCUCUCAACAACAAAAUAUCAGUUCAGAACUUCAGCUCCAAGAUCACUUUCUGGUUUAGGCUUUCUACACCUAAUUCACGAAUGGCACAGGCAUUUGUGUUUUCUCUGUAACAAGCUCCUGUACAGGGAGAAUAGAGGUCUUAGUAGAGCAGCACUUGCUGAAAAAACUUCAAGGAAACAGUUACAUGAAUUUCUGCAGGUUGUUGUGAAAGUCUGUCUUCUGUAAAGAAGGUGACCUAUAUGGUUCUUACCUCAGAAUCAUCUUUUUCUUGGAGCUUGACUUGUUUUAAACAUAGGUGAGUGUUCAUGGCUGCGGUUUCACUCAGCAGACUGAGGAACACAGUGUACAUACUUCUUGGCAAUUAAAAAAAAACUGUAUGGCGACUACACAGCAUCUAAGGAGAAUUGCACCUUUCCUCGUGCAUGUACUUAACUUUUCUCAAGCAAAUGUCUUUUGAAAUGAUGUGGGUUUUUAUACUGAAACACAUCAAUUGCAGAUGUUAUGCUAUUGAUCGGUGUGUUACGUCUGUGAGAUGAUUGUACUUGGUAGAUGCUCUGUAGUUUUGUACUAUUAUCUUAGAUGAGAACGCUAGCUGAAAUGGCAAAAACAUUGAUGUUGAAUGCUAUCUGAAUGCUUGACAUUUUGAUAAAAGUGAGUUAAAUCAUCUCUGGAUUUUCCUCUGGACUCAUCGUAGCUUUUUAUUAAAUAAAGAAGUACAGUAUUUUGGAA